CACAACACCAGGAACCUUAGCGCAGCCCCACGACAAAGGGAUGGGUCCCUGGGUCCUCAGCGUUGCCUCGCUGGGCAUGUUGGCCACUAUCUCAGUUGCCGCCAGGGUUUGCCCAAGGACUUGUCGCUGCGAUGGGAAGAUCGUGUACUGCGAGUCCCAGGCCCUCCUCGAAAUCCCCCCCAACAUCUCCUCCGGCUCGCUGGGCUUGUCCCUCAGAUACAACAGCAUCAAGUCGUUGAGGCCCAGCCAGUUCUCGGGCCUCAACCAACUCACCUGGCUGUACCUGGACCACAAUCACCUCCAGGGGGUGGACAGGGAGGCCUUCCAGGGAAUUCGGAGGCUCAAGGAGCUCAUCCUGAGCUCCAACAAGAUCGCGAGGCUCCACAAUGUCACCUUCCACCCCGUUCCCAACCUCCGCAACCUGGACCUGUCCUACAAUAAGCUGCACCUCCUCCAGCCCCAACAGUUCAAGGGCUUGAGGAAGCUCCAGAGUCUGCACCUGCGUUCCAAUUCCCUCAAGGUCAUCCCGGUCAGGCUCUUCCAAGACUGCCGGAACCUGGAGUUCCUGGACCUGGGAUAUAACCGGCUGCGGAACUUGGCCAGAAACGUCUUUGCCGGGCUGAUGAAGUUGACCGAACUGCACUUGGAGCACAACCAGUUCUCCAAGAUCAACCUCUCGCACUUCCCGCGCCUCUCCAGCCUGCGGACGCUCUACCUCCAGUGGAACCGGAUCCGGGUGUUCAGCCAGGGCAUGUCGUGGACCUGGAGCUCGCUGCAGAAGCUGGAUCUGUCCGGCAACGAGAUCCAGGCCAUCAUUCCCGGCGUGUUUCGCUGCGUGCCCAACCUCCAGAGCCUGCACUUGGAUUCCAACAAGUUGACCACCGUCAGCGAGGAGAUCCUGAACUCCUGGGCCUCGCUGACCACCGUCAGUCUCUCCUCCAACAUCUGGGAGUGCAACCGCAACAUCUGCGCCCUCGUCAGCUGGCUCAAGGGCUUCAAGGGUUACCGGGAGAGUGCCAUGAUCUGCGCCGGGCCCAAGCCCGUCCAGGGGCAGAACGUCUUGGAGGCCAUCCAGCUUCACAAGACCUGCAGCGGGCUCCCGAAGGCCUCGACCACGCAGAGGCCUUGGACCUCCCAGGCCACCCGCAGGAGCCCCAGGCUGCCCACCAGGCCCGCCCCGGCCCCCGCUGGCGACAGGCCCCCCGCGGCACACACCGCCCGCCCGCCCAACUCUUCCUCGGCCGAGCCCGAGCUGGACUUCGAGCACGUCUCGCUGCACAAGAUCGUGGCGGGGAGCGCGGCCCUCUUCCUCUCGGUCGCCAUGAUCCUGCUGGUCAUCUACGUGUCAUGGAAGCGCUACCCGGCCAGCGUGAAGCACCUCCAGCAGCGCUCGCUCGUGAAGCGGCGCAGGAAAAAGGAGAGGGAGCACGAGCGGCAGAUGAACACUCCGCUGCAGGAGUACUAUGUGGACUACAAGCCGUCGAACUCGGAGACGGUGGACGUGUUGGCGAACGGCAGCGAGACCUGCACUUACCCGCGCGCCAUCUCCAGGGAGUGCGAGGCCCCUCUUCCGAUGAACAUCACCGCCUUCUACAGUUACAACCAGCCCCUCGUGGGCUACUGCAAAGCCCACCAGACCCUCCACAUACACAAGAGGUACGAGGAGACCCUACACGAGGAGCCCGAGGGGGGCGAGACGGAGCCCGGGACCCCCCACGCCAUCAUCUCCACCGUGGCCCGUUCUGCCGUGCUGCCCAACAAUCACGUGGAACGACCCCAGUCGUCGUGA